UGUCUAUCACACAGAACGGUCUAUGGAUACCUAUGCUACGGAAUACGGAUAUUCUAAUAAAAUGACAUAUGAAAAUUGACAAUUGACAACUAAUUAGAGGUGAAAACUGAGCAUUAUUUUGUAAUUUUUAUUGUGAAUUUUGUAUUUAAUUGUUAAAAUUGGACAAGGCACUGACUAAUACAUUCUUUAUCACAUACCUAUCUACAUGACAACUUGAUUUAAAAUGUCUGAAAAUAUAGAAUAUUGCCAAAAUCAAAUUAUUUUAGCAAGAACAGAAAUCAAAAAUUUAAGGCAACGCAUUUCUGCUCUUAAACAUGAACACCUUAAGGAAAUUAAAGAAAUAAAGGGGUUUUUGAGAGAUCUUCGAUGCGAUAAAUGUGCCGAGAAAGCUACACAGCACAAUCCAAGACAAGAAUCAGAGAAUGUAAUUCCAACUGACACAGACAAUAUAACAUACAGCCCCAUUGGAUUCAUUGAAACAGCUUUUGAGAAUAAAAGGGCAGUGCCUAGACAGCCUUCAGUGCUAUCUCAGGCUAAAGGUGUGGUUGUCAUCAAUACAGAUACAUUUAAUAAUCCAGAACAUGCUUUAAGUGGAUUGGAAGAGUUUUCUCAUAUGUGGAUAAUAUUCCACUUUCACUCUACGGCUAGUAACAAUGUACCAGCUAAGGUGUCCCCCCCACGUCUUGCAGGUGAAAGAAGAGGUGUGUUUUCAACAAGAUCACCACACAGGCCGUGUCCAAUAGGCUUGUCUUUGGUCAAAAUACACAGUGUGGAAGGUAACAAAAUUUACUUUAACGGUGUUGAUAUGAUAAAUGGUACUCCAGUGUUGGAUAUUAAACCUUACAUACCUCAAUAUGAUUAUCCCAUGCAAUCAUUUGAGCCAGUAGUGGACAGGCCUUUGACGGAGGGCAUAAGUGAUACAUUGACACUGGAUAAUUUACAAAUUGAUGACACGCAAGAUGCAAUAAGCCUAAGUCCACGAUUGAUAAAUCAAAUUGGAAUCGACACUAGUCCUUUAUCCGACUCUCCAUAUGACGAAGAAAUACCUUCACCAAUAAAUCAAGUUAUCAGCCCCAGUAUAUCACAAGAGUCUCCUCCGAAUAUAGACAUUAUUGAUGGAAGUAGUAGAUCACCAGUGCAUAGAGUUGAUUCAGAACGUGGAGCACCAGAUGGACAAGAAAGAUUCACUCCUCCACAAAGAAAUGUCAUAAACAUCAAUGAUGGCAUACGAGUGCCGAAUUGGAUAACAAAUCCACCGUCCCAGUCGUAUGAAGUGAGAUUCACAGAUGAUGCACUCGAAAGAUUAAACGGCCUUAUUGGAGACAGAGCAGAUACAUUCAAAACAAAUAUUGAAAGUUUGCUCUCCGAAGAUCCGAGGUCUUUGUACGUGCGAACGCGGUAUCCUGAUCAUGAAUACAGUUGUGUAUUAGAAGAUUUAUCCAUAAGUUGCAUUUUUGACGCGAAUUCGUCUAUUUGUACUAUAGUUGCAGUAAGGAAUGCUGAUGAUUUAUAAAGUGAUGUGUAUGCUACCUUCAAUAAUUUAUUUUGCUUAUUAAAUGCGUUGUUGGUAACAAAUGUCUUGUU